GUUGAUAUUUAAGUUUGCCAAGAUGUUAAGGUUCCAGAUGUUCUUUACUUUUCUUUGUUUAUUAUUAUAUUUUACCAUUAUUGAAAGUUUGACUAUUAGUUGUUACAAUAAUGGGUCCGAAGUGGCUUUAGUUAAUUUUAGUAAACUACCAAAUUUCCAAGAACAUCCAGUUUGUGAUAGUAUAGUAUUCUCGGGUCAAUUAGAUGACACGAUAUUGCAGACAUUUAAGACACACUUUGCAACAAAUGAACAACUUAAAAAUUUGACAGUAAUAUCAACAAACUUAGAAGAUCUUAAGGAUAAGGUUUUUCAAGGAUUACAUACGGCUACUUUAAUAAAGUUAAAUACAAUUGAGAGAAUCAAGCGUAGUGCAUUUACUGGACUAGAUCAAUUAGUAUACCUGGAUUUGCAAAGUAAUAAGAUUAAGAAGUUAGAAAGUGGAACAUUUCAACAUUUGCCUGUAUUAGAAGAGAUCCAUCUAAUAUAUAAUAAAAUAUCUGUUAUAGAAAAUUCUGCGUUUAAAAAUCUUCCUCGAUUGAGGAACCUGGAUUUAGCUUUUAACCAAAUUAUAAAAUGGAAUGCUUCUUAUUUAGAGGACGUCCACAAUUUAGUAAUAUUAGAUUUGGGGCACAAUAACAUCGACAAGAUUCAGGAAAAAUCUUUUCAGACACUUCACCAUUUGGAAACACUUAUUUUGGUAGACAAUCAAAUCGAGUUUAUUGAACAAAAUGCAUUUAUUGGUUUAGAUAAUUUAAAGCAGCUAAGACUAGGUCUUAACCAGAUUUCUAAUCUCGAUGUAAGGUUUUUGUCUACGUUACCGAAUUUAAACAUUCUAGAUUUGAUGUAUAAUAAAAUAAAACGAAUCAAAUCGGAGACAUUUGUGAAUAGUAGUAGUAUUACGGAUAUUAAGUUGGAACAUAAUAAAAUAGAAGACAUUGAAACCAAGGCGUUUGUCAAUCUACCUAAUUUGACAUAUCUAGGUUUGAUCGACAAUAAUAUAUCACGAUUUAAUAAUGAAACCAUGAUUAACGUUCCAAAUAUUAAGAAUAUCUCUCUAGAAGCUAAUCCAAUAAUUUGGAGUGGGAUGCCAUUUUUUAUUGGACCAUUAAAUUUCCACAAUUGAUAAAAAAUGUGACAGUGUUUUAAAAAAUAAAUUUUUCGAGAAUUGUUAAGCA